AUGGCCGCUCCUCAGGAAAACGUCCCCGUCACCGCUCAGCCAGCUCCUACUCCCGCCCCGGCUGCUCAACCCGCCAACAACGGCCCCAUCGACCAGGCUGAUCUCGACGACUGGAAGAACCGCUUCAACGAUGUCCUCUCCCGAUCCGGCGAGGUCGUCAACUCCAAGUCCGCUGAGGGUUCGCAGUCCUGGUUCGCCGGCUUCUUCGACUGCUUCAACCCCAUUGAUACGUGCCUCAUCACCUACUGCUUGCCCUGCGUUACCUUUGGCAAGACUCACCACCGUGUGAGAAAGAAUGGCAGCCUGGAAGGAUAUGAGCCCAUCAACACUUCUUGCCUGCUCUUCUGUGGCGCUGGCUGCUUCGGCCUCCACUGGAUCCCCAUGUCCAUGCAGCGCAUGAACAUCCGCGAAAAGUACAACCUGCAGGGCUCGUGCCUCGAGGAUAUCCUCACCUCGUGCUGCUGCCACUGCUGCAGCUUGAUCCAGCAGGACAAGGAGGCCGAGCACCGCGAGCAGCAGCUCCUUAACUCGGGUGUCCAGCAGCAGUACCAGGCCAACAAUGGCAUGCAGUACCCUCCCAAGACUGGUUAA